ACUUGCCCGCCAUCAUUGCUUCCAUCUCCACCGAUGGUCCAUCGUACCGCGCCUCUACACCUAUGCUAAUAGCACUGCAAACAUCAAGUUGACCGAGCCAUGGCUGCCGAUGUAGCUGAGGCGAUCGCUGCCGCCAUGGCUGCCGUAGCGCCGCCAGGUAGCCCCUGUAUCAAGUCCGAGCCACCGGCCGCCGACUCUAUGGCUAUGGACCUUAACCCUGUGCUGGAACGACCACAGUCUCCCCUCAAACGACCACGAACCCCCGACGAAGAUGGAGGCGAACGGUCGCGCGACGAGAAGCGAUUGAAGGUCGAGGACGAAGGGCCGGAGGCAGGCCUAGGCGAUAUGGAUGAGAUAGCUCGUCUAGUGCAGCAGGCCGAGGCCUCGGUCAUGCGACAGUUCCGACCGGUGCCCGACAGCGUCGAUGGCCUCCCGACUAGCGACAUCGAAGGCGUUCACGGCCUCCCCGUCUUACAACCUCCCUUUGACCCGCGCGCACCAACCCAGAUGGAAAACACAGAGCCACGCUCUGAGUCCCUGUGGAGCAAUCCCCGGGACUUCACGCGUCGGAAACAUAUCAUACCCGCACUGGGUAGCCUGGCCGUCGAUAUCAUCGCAGCCUGGUCCGAGCAGUCUCUGGAAGACACCAUAGCGACACUCUGCGGUGAGGGAGACUCGGACAUUGCUAAAGAAUAUGCCGCGCUAAAGGCCGCCUUCGAUUCCCAGCGGCGGCUCCUUUCCGACGCUCACCCGCUCUUAUAUCCCGAACAGCUAAAUCUCGCGAAUCAGAGCAGGCAAAUCAUCCGAGUGGUGAACCUGGCCACGGUUUGCGCGAGUGUGUUUGGUACGAAUGAGCUAGGUCUAGAAGAGAUCAACGAUCACUUUCUACGCAUCUUCGUCCCCGAGAACCAAGAAGUGCCGCGGGAUGUGGCAGAAUUAUACCUAGGCCUGAAAACCCAGAUAUUCAUCGCAGUGCUAGAGUGCGAGCAAGGAAAGGCGAGGGAGCAGUCCCUGGACGAUCUCUUCCUUACCAGCCUCGAGAGUAGUUUACAGGGGCAUCACCCACGGCUUCCGUUGACUGCUGCGGAGCGCGAGUUUGUCGCGAGCGCGGAGGCGCGAAGGGCUAUGCUUUCAAACGAAUCGGCCGAUAUCGACAGCAUUCAGGCGCUGAGCAAGCAAUUUACCUACGAGGCCUUCCUCGACAGUUUAAGUACCUUCCUCAACGAUCACAUAGAAAGCAUUCGAGCUGAGAGCGCGGGAAAGGUGGAUAUCACGACGGUGACGGAAGAUACGGCGCACGAUGAACAUAUCGCUACUGGUGUAGAUGGGACAUUCGAUAUUAACGCAAUGAUUGCAGAGGCUUCGAGGGCCGCUCAGAGAGCUUUGGAGCCUGCCGGUGAAGCGCCUAACGAAUUGGAUGACCUCUCUGCUUUCCUCGCAGAGAACGUAUCCAAGGCGGUCGAGCAGGCUAAGGAGACUACGAGCACCGAAUUGCCAUCUGCCAUCGCUUCUGCAGCCGAGAGCGCUUCGAGAGCUACGAUGCUGGCCUUACAGAGUAUCCAGCAGAACCAGUAUCAACCAACUGCGCUCCCGCAGUCGAAUGCCCAAACGCACCCGAAUUCAAAUCACAAUCAUUGCCAACCGGCCCAGCAAACGCCGCCCCAGCAGCAGUAUUCCCACUACCAGCAACAUUCGGUAGCAAACGGGUUGCCUUUGUAUCACACAGCAGGCCACCUGCCCCCGAAUCAGAGCGAUUCUACCCCAGCGCUGUACGAACGUGCUCGACAGGCAGCGGCGGCACGUUCAUCUACUCACGCCCGUCGGGAGGGGUCGCAUUCAACUCGUCGGCCCUGGAGUCCCGAGGAGGAAAAGGCGCUCAUGAUGGGCCUUGACAUGGUCAAGGGCCCUCAUUGGUCGCAAAUACUGUCACUAUUUGGACCUAAUGGCUCCAUAAGUAACAUCCUCGCGGAUCGUACCCAGGUUCAGUUGAAGGACAAAGCCAGAAAUUUGAAGCUGUUUUUCCUCAAGACGAACUCGGAGAUGCCUUACUAUCUCCAAUGUGUCACAGGCGAGUUGAAGACCAGAGCCCCCACCCAGGCUGCGAGAAAGGAGGCAGAGGAGAAGGCGAGAUUGAAUUCGGAGGAACAACAAGCUCACGUCAAUGGCAUCCUGACUUUGGCGGGUGGUCUGCAAAACAACGCAGCGGCAUCAAGGCAAGAUGCGUCUCCCACGACAGUUCCUAGAAGCGCGACGCCGAGUCAACCAUUAUCACGUCCGACCUCACAUCCUAGCUCUCAACCGGGGACGCCGGGAAUUCCCCAACCGCCAAUUCAGCCAUCAGCGCCUGCGCCCGCCCCCACAUCGACGCCUCUACCUCGCCCAGUGAUACCUGCACCACAGCCGGUUAGCCUCCCGAAUCUUACGUCGAUAUCCCACCAGCACAUGCAGCCCCCAUCUAUUUCGCAGGCCGAGCAACAGGCAGCGACAGCACCUAUAGCCAACCCCCCCGCAACCUCGAAUAUUGCUUCCACGUCGGGCGCGAAGGCUUUGCCGGAGGCCUUGCCGGAGACCGCAUCGGGGACACCCCCUCUCGCCGAGGACUGCGAGCCGACGGUCGAGCUCAGCAGUGUAGACGCCGCGGUUCUCGGCCUGAAAGCCGCGCUAGAAACAGAGCGAAAGGAUUCAGCGACCGCCUACGCGCCGUCUACAUCAGCUAUCAACGGGGAAAUUGCAAUACCGCCCGACACGCCGGACGCGCUAGCAACGAACACUGCCACCUUACCCUGAUGUUGCGUGAGGGACAAAGAUCGGAGCUACGG